AUGGACUCUCCAACGGAGACUGCAGCUGUCGCAGCAGCAGCAACAGCAGCAGCAGCAGCAGCAGAACAGCGGCCCUCUCUGCCUUUUGCUCACCAGGAGAUUCCCUUCACCUGGAACGGAGUUCCUGUUGCUGCUGCUCCUGCAGCAGCAGCAGCAGCAGAAGUGGAGGCAGCAGCAGAAGCAGCAGUUGCUGCAGCAGGUGCUGCUGCUGCACCCUCAGAACUGCCGCCCACUGUGGAGCAGCAGCAGCCGCAGCAUCAAGAGGGGUCUCCUGCUUUGCCUCGUCAGCAGCAGCAAGAAGAGCAGCAGCAGCAGCAGCAGCAGCAGCAGCAGCAGCAAGCGCCGCCGCAGCAGCAAGAACAACCGCAGCACUCCUUUUGCCAUGAGAAGCCGCAGCAGCAGCAACAGCAGCAGCCCUUCAGUGGGGAUGGAGCGGCACCGCAAGCAUCCAUAGCAGCAGCGGGAUCUGCUGCUGCUGCUGCUGCUGCUACCCCUAUUGCUGCUGCUCCUGGUGCUUCUGCUGCUGCUGCUGUUCCAUCGAGCAGCACAGGAGGGGGUGUAGGACAGCGUAGCAGCAGCAGCAACAGCCGCAACAGCAAGCCUGCAGCACGGCUUGCUGCUGCUCUGAGGAAGCUAGGGGUUGUCCCUAGCGAAAAUGCUGCUGCAGCAGCAGAGCUGCAGCAGCAGCUAAACUCCUGCGGCCGAUCGCUGCGAAGAGCUCCAAAGGUUGAGGGGUAUUUUAGGAGAAUUCAGGGGGGUAUGCUGCUGCCUGCUGCUGCUGCUGCUGCUCCUGCUGCUGCUGCUGCUAGCACGCAGAGCAGCGGCCUCAGCAGCGAGGGAAACGGAGAGGAAGCAAAGGCAGCUGCUGCAGCUGUUGCUGCUGCUGCACCUGCUGGGAAGAAAAAGACAUCCAGCAGCAGCAGCAGCCAGCGCAGACGCAACCAAAAGGCUCGCGCUGCUGCUGCUGCUGCUGCUGCUGCUGCAGGGGAGGGACCCAUAGAAUGCGGCGUGUGGGUGGAAGAGUUGACAGCAGCAGCAGCUGCUGCUGCAGGUUUCACGCCCCAGCAGCAGCAGCAGCAGCCGCAGCAACAGCAGCAGCAGCAGCAGCAGCAAGGUAGUGGGGUAUACAGGGUACGCUGUCUUCGCAGCGCAGAUGCAGCAGUGGAUAUCGAUUCUGCUGCUGCUGCUGCUGCUGCUGCUGGGGAGGUUGUGGGGUGCCUUUCUACCUGCCUAAAGGUGGCGCAGCAGCAGCAGCAGCAGUUUCAGCAGCAGCAGCAGCAGCUGGCAGCAGCAGCAAGCGCAGCACCAUCGCCUUUGCAGCAGCAACAACAGCAGCAGGAUGCACAGGGCAAUAGCAGCAGCAACAGCGCUGCUGCUCAGCUGCAGCAGCAGCAGUUGCUGCUGCAGCAGCAGCAGCGGAAGCUCCAGCAGCAACCGGAAGAAGGGGUGUACAGGGUUUUGCGUGUCUCGCAUGUUGCUGCUUUGCUGCAGCAGCAGCAGCCGCAGCAGCACGUGAGCGCAGCAGCAGCAACAGCAGCAACGGAAGCCCUUCACUUCUCCCCUCCAGGCUCAGCAGACGCUGCAGCACUGCAGCAGCAGCAGCAGCGACAGCAGCCACGAAAAGCAUUAAAAGCAGGAGGUGCAGCGGCGUUGCCUGGCCUCGUGUCUCCAGCAGCAGCAGCAGCAGCAGCAGCUGCUGCUGCUGCUGCAGGACCCAAAGGUCCUGUGAGGAACGCGCUUGGGAGGUGGGAGUCUCGCAGCAAGCUUGUGCCUGCUGCUGCUGCUGCUGCUGCUUCUGCUGCUUCUGCUGCUGCUGCUGCUGCUGGUGUGAGUACGGAAUCGGCUCCUCUGAUGGCUCUAAGCCCAGCAGCAGCAGCAGCAGCAGCUGCUGCUGCUGUGCUGCUGCCCUCAGCAAACUCUGCAGCAAGACCCCCGGGAAUGAGUGCAAGCUCAAGGCGGCGGCGGCUGGCGAAGGCGCGUGCUGCAGCAGAAGCAGCAGCAGCAGCAGCAGCAGCAGCAGAAGCUGCAGGACUCGACCCGGAGGCAACAGCAGCAGCAGAAGCUGCAGUCUGGCAGGAGCAGCAGCAUCAGCAGCAGCAUUUGCUGCUUAUAGAUCCAGCAGCAGCCCCCAGCUGCUCCUGGGGGGAUGAUAGAGAUAAUGCUGCAGCGCUGUUGCUGCUGCAGCAGCAGCCUUCCGGUGCAGCAGCAGCAGCAGCAGCAAGAGCUGUAGCGCUCGCCGAGGCUUGCCAGCAGCAGUCUGCUACCUGGGCUGCAGCAGAAGCAGCAGCAGCAGCAAACCUGCAGCAGCGCCUCGACAGAGAGAAGCGGGUGAUGGAAGUCGUGUGCGGCACAGGUACUGCUGCUGCAGCUGCUGCUGCAGCAAAGGAUGCUGCUGCUGCUUCCGUGAAGCAGGAGGGAGCCGCAGAGAAGCGCGAAGCAUGCCACGUCGAUGGAGGUGUUAGCAGCAGCAGCAGCAGCAGCAGCAGCAGCACGGGGGAUGCAGCCUUGCAGGCUUCCGACAGCAAGGGGGAUUUAAGUUCUGCUGCAGCAGCAGCAGCAGCAGCAGACAACUGUCUCCUUGUCGUAGGUGGAGGAAAGGCAGAGUCUCUGCUGCUGCUUGCAGACGGGCAGAUAAAGCGAUCUGGUGCAGCAGCAGCAACAGAAGCAGCAGCAGCAGCAGCAGCAGGUGGCGAGGAUCUAGAGGCUGCGCUGCAGCCAUUUGUCUCUGCAGCAGAAGCAAGGAGACGAAGCGGAGACGGAGACCCUGCGGGGUUUAUUGCGAGUGCAUUUGAUUUGCUGCAGCACAGCCGCGGAGACACCCCUGAAGCAGCAGCAGCAGCAGCAGCAGCAGCAGAAGCAGCAGCAGCACAACACACCCAGUGGAUGCUCAGCAAAGGAAAUGCAGCAGCUCUAAAUGCCCUCUCUUCUAGCCUUGCCUGGCUCUCAAAGGAUGCAGGCAAGCCCCUUGCUGCUGCUGCUGCUGCUGCUGCUGCUGCUGCUGCCGCUGCUGGGGGCCAGCAGCAGGCGCAGCAGCAACCCAAUGAGGUGCUGCAGCAGGACGCUGAUGACAGCAGCAGCGAAAGCAGCAGCAGCAAAACUUCCGCCCCCCAACGCGCCUCUGAUCCCAGCAGCAGCAGCAGCAGCAACAGCAGCAGCAGCAGCAGCAGCAGCAGCGGCGUAGCUGCAGCAGACUGGGCGCGUGCACUGAACAGCCAGCAGGAGAAGGUGCAUGCCUUGUCUGCAGCAGCAAAAGAAGUAGAGGAGAGGCUGCUGCUGCUGCAGCAGCAGUUCCCUUGGGCAGCAGCACUUAACUGCUGCUUCUUUUCUAGUUCGCCUGAAGCAGCAGAAGGAGGCCUCGCGAAGCAGCUGCAGCGACGCUUGCUGCAGCUGGGUGUAAUGGGGGAUGCUGACCCUGCUGCUGCUGCUGCUGCUGCUUCUGCUGCUGCUAGUCAAGGGGCAGCAGCAGCAAGCAGCAGCAACACACUCGGCACAGCCAAGCCACAUGGACUACCGAUUGACGCGUCUGCAGCAACUGCAGCAACAGCAGCAGCAACAGCAGCAGCAGCAGCAGCAACAGCAUCUGCUGCCCAUGGCCGUCAGGGAAGCACCUCCAGCAGCAGAAAGCUGUCUGGUGCAGCAGCAGCAGCAACAGCAGCAGCAGGGGGGGCCUCCAGGGGCUCACGGAGGCCUACGCCGGGGAGCAGAAGUGCAGGCACAGCAGCAACAGCAGCAGCAGCAGCAGCUGCUGCUGCUGCUGCUUCGCCUGCUACUUCCUUUGCUUCCAGCAGCAGCGAACGCAGACAGCUGCCGCACGUCUCUGCUUUUCAAGAGGAAGAGCAUCAGCUGCAGCAGCGGCAACUGCAGCAGCAACUGCAGCAGCAGCAGCAGCAGCAGCAUGGCUUACUGCUUCACGGUGAGGCUUCCUCGAGGCACGCGAGCAUCACUGACUCUGCUGCAGUACCGUCUGCUGCUGCUUCUCCGGCGUUGCAGCAGCAGCAGCGGCACAAUGGGCCGCAGCAGCAGCAGCAGCAGCAGCAACAGCAGCAGCUACAGUUGCUGCACAGGCAUCAGGCGCUCACAGGGCAGCCUCAUCCGGCGGGUUUGCAGCAGCAGCAGCAACAGCAGCUGCUGCUGUUCAAUACAAAAGCAGCAGCAGCAGGGGGCGUAGGCGAUGUGCUUACGGCUCCGGGCCAGCAGCAGCCGCUGCAGCAGCAGCAGCAGCAGCAGCUGAUGCCUCACCACGGGUAUGUAUACGGUCCGCAGCAGCCUCUGCUGCAGCAGCAGCAACUGCAGCAGCAGCAACUGCAGCAAGAAGCGGUUUUGGGGCGCAUGCAUGUGGGACUGGGGUAUUCGGAAGAGCAGCAGCAGCUGCUGCAGCAGCAGCAAUUUCAUCAGCAGCAGCAACACCAUCACCCUCAGCUGCAGCAGCAGAGAGCGCCGCAGCAGCAUCAAGGACCUCUGCAGCGGCAGAUGGUGCUACCGUAUUCUAUGCAGCAGCAGCAGCAACAGCAGCAGGAUCUGCUGCUGAUGCCCCACGUUCAGCAGCAGCAAAUUCCCCUGCAGCAGCAGCAGAUGCCGCUGCAGCAGCAGCAGCAACAGCAGCAGCCUUGCCUCGUGCUGCAGCAGCAACCCCUGCAAGACCCGCGCUACCGAGUGCCCCUACCGCAGCAGCAGCAGCAGCAACUCAUGUUGCAGCAGCAGGGAGGCAUGGUGUGCAUGCCCCAGCAGCAUCAGCAGCAGCAGCAGCAACAGCAGCAGCAGCAAGAUCAUCUGCUUGGCCUCUCCUUGCAGCAACCGUUUAUGAUAGCAGCUGGACCAAUGCAAGCUGUGGGGCCUCUGCAUCCUUCACAGCAGCAGCAGCAGCAGCAGCAGCAGCUGGUCCUUCUGCUGCCAGGGCAGCAACAAGACCCAGCAGCAGCAGCAGCAGCAGCAGAAGGCAAGGCUGGUUCAGGUAUGCACCACUCAACCCCUGAAGCUGCAGCACGCAGCAGCAGCGACUAUGCUAGUAGCCCUGCUGCUGCUGCUGCAGCUGCUGCUGCUGCGGGGCCAGGCAGCAGCAGCACCAGCAGCAUCAGCAGCAGCAGCAUCAGCGAUCAUCGCAAGCGCGACCGCAGCUCCAGGGCCUCUAAAAGCCGGCUCACCAAGACACAGCAGCAGCAGCAGCAGCAGCAGCAGCAGCAGCAGCCUGCAGGAGCAGCAGCAGCAGCGGCGGCAGCAGCAGAAGCAGCGUGGGAGACAGAUAAGAAUGCCCUGAAGAGACGAAGAGGACGAAGCUUCAACAGCCGAAGUGAGAUUGGUAGCAGCAGCAGCAACAGCAACAGCAUUUGCAGCAGCAGCAGCAACAGGAGCAGCAUCGGCAGCAGUAGCAGCAACAUUUCUGCAGCUGCGCAGCUGGUGAAAGGAGCAGCAACAGCAGCAGGGGAGAGUUUAGGAGGGCCUAUGGGAGCAGCAGCAGGUUCUGCAGCAGGUGCUGCUGCAGGUGCUGCUGCUGCUGCAGCAGCAGCAGCAGCAUUUGAAGCCUCUUCUGCUCGUCAUCGCAGCAGCAAAGAAACAAAUUGUGAAAACUGCAGCGAUGCCUCUGUAGGAGGAGAGGCAGCUGAAUUGUGGGGUGGCUCUUUUGCUGCUUAA